AUGAGAGGUGUUCGUCAGGAUGGCACAAUUUCACCCAAAAUAUUCAGUGCCACUCUCGAGAACGCGAUGCAAGGAUUGGAAUAUGACGGCAUGGGAGUGAAAGUUGACGGCCGGCACUCACACCAUCUUCGUUUCGCUGAUGAAAUCGUUCUUAUAACAACAAGCAUCAAUCAGGCGGAACGGAUGCUGGCUGAAUUUGAUGAAACGUGUAAAAAGAUCGGUCUUCGGCGGAACCUAGGCAAGACGAUGUUUAUGAAGAACGGAUGGGUUUCUGAUGCCCCAUUCACGCUCAACAGAACGAACAUAUCGGAAUACUUCAGCUAUGUAUAUCUAGGUAGGGAAAUCAACAUGAUGAUGAACGACCUGACCUCCGAGCUGAGCAGAAGAAAACGAGCAGCUUGGGGAGCGUUCAAGAGCAUCGAGGAUGUAGUGAAGAGGACCAAGAACAUCCGGCUCCGUUCUCACCGAUUCAACACCACCGUUCCUUCUGCUUUGACCUACUCUUCAGAAACGUGGGCGCAAGAAGGAGGAAAAUGUGAUCAGCGUCAUUGA